AUGGCGCCGUCACAACCUUCCUCCUCAUCAACGCCCUCCUCAGACUCCUCAACUGCCUCCCCGUCACAACAACAACCCCAGAUCCGCUUCCUCGAAAACGACCCCGCCCGCACAGGCUACGACCCCUCGCUCAAAUGGUAUAUCAACUACUUCAAGAUCCUGAUGGGCCAGAUCACGCCCGAAGGCAUUGAGCACUAUCGUGAAGACCGGUACAAGGCCAACGAAGCUCGGGAUUGCGCUCGCUGCGAGGCCGACCGCGACUACCUGUUCAAGUACUCGCCCAUCAUCCGGUUCAUGCGGGAGAAGAUUGCCGCGCUGAAUGGGACGCUGGACGAGACAAACGUGGUGUGUCGGCGGUGUCCGGCGCGAAUCACGGAGGACGGGAAGGUUGUAAGGCAGGGCGGCGGGUUCAGUCCCGAGCAUGGGAUCCUGAUUUGCGCUAACGAGAUGCGGGAUCGGUCACAUCUGGAGGAUACGCUUGCGCAUGAGAUGGUGCAUGCGUGGGACCAUUUGAGGUGGAAGGUUGAUUGGGAGGGGAAGACGACGCUGCGGCAUGCUGCAUGUACUGAGAUCCGGGCGUCGAUGCUCAGCGGAGAGUGCAGAUGGACUCGCGAAGCCGUGACACGAGGAAACUGGUUGACGCUGACAGAACAGUUCCAGAACUGUGUGCGGUCACGGGCGAUUCAGUCAGUGAUGGCGCGACCAGCGUGCAAGGACGAGGCGCACGCAGCCAAAGUGGUCAACGAGGUGUGGGAUUCAUGCUUUGCGGACAAGAGACCAUUUGAUGACAUUUACCGUUGA